GUGACAAGGGGAGGCCCGGAGGAGCCGCGGAGAGAGGGGGGCUGGGGAGGCGUAGGAAGGACCAUCAGCUCCCAUCGAGGCCCCGGCAGACCCGGGAAUCCCCGAAUUCCCUCGGGGGCCCCUGGCUUCCCUCCCGAGUGGUUUCAAAAGUUGAGAAACUCUCGGGGGUUCCGGCCAGCGCCCUGGUGCCGCGUGGUCUCCAGCGAGCGGGGGAAAGUAAAACCGAAACCUGCCGCCGGCCCGCCCCGCAGCCCGCGCCCUCCAGGUUCCGGCCCGCCGACCGCCCAGCGCCCAUCCUGCUCCGCCAUGGCAUCAGUUCUGAAUAGUAAGGAAUCCAAAGCUUCUGAAAGAACGGUUGUAGUUGCUGGUCUGCCGGUUGGCCAUUUUAAUGAUCGAUCACUGACCACAUUAGUGAAGAGACACUUCCAAGAUACCAAGAAUGAAGGCGGAGUUGUUGAAAAUGUGAUAUAUCCAACAAGAACCAAAGGAGUUGCAUAUGUAACAUUCAAAGAAGAAAAAGUUGCAGAGAAUGUCAUCAGAAAAAAGAACCACUAUCUAGCAGUGAAGAUUGGACCCACUCAACUCACAGUCUCUCAUUUCAGUGAAAAGGUCUUGAUCUCUGUAAAUGCUACUCUUGAUCUCUCUGUUUUUCGAGGUCAAUUCAUUCUGGAAAGUCUGGUUAGGGAGCUGCAAAAGAAAAUUCCAAGUUUACGCUUCAGUCCUUUGGGUCAAAAUGGAAGAAUCUCCGUUCAAGGAUCGUUUCUGGCUGUCAGGAAGCUCAAAGAAUCUUUGCUACUUAAAGCGAGUUCUCUUUUAGAAAAAAACAGGAGUUGUAUCAGUGAGGGGGAAAAGAGGAGUAGACAGAGCCCCAGAAAGAAUCUACUGAGAAGUAAUAACGCUUUUCCGUCACCCAGGUCCCCAGUACCCGAGACUGCUAGGCAUGGAGAGACUGCCAGAUGUGGGGAGACGCUUGUUCUCGAUACAGAUGUUUUUCUGUACCUGAAAAAGAAGAGCAGCUUUUAUGAAAGGACUUUGAAAAAAUAUCAUGUUCUAUGUCAGGAGAGGGUGGAAGGUGAAAUCACCACAAUUUGCAUAAAAAAUGAUUUGCAGCCAAACCAUGAAAAACUUGCAAAAGAAUGCAUUGAGAAAUAUUCACACGCUCUUCACUUUGAGCUUAUAAAAGAGACUUUUGACUUGAAAGGAAAGGAAAGGAGAGAGAGAGGAAAUAUUGAGCUGGCAUGUGAACAACUAAGUUCGAAGUACAAUCAGGAACUUCUGAUUAAUUUUAACAGGACACACAUUGAUGUGAUAGGACCUUCUUCUGCCGUUCACACAUUUAAAAAGGAGGUCUUGAAAUUCAUAAGGCAAACAGUGAGGUGAUAGAAUCUCAGCAAUAGAGCUGAUAAUGGCUGCUGCUUUUCUGUACUGAGCAGUUAGGAUGCCAUGCCAUUUUAUCUCAUUUAGUCCUUGAGACCGUCCUUCAUUAGAGGCAUUGCUAUCCUCAUGUUUUAGG